AUGAAUGAAAGUUAUUAUUGUAAUAGCGGGCAGUCGGGGUUAAUGACCGGCCUAGAGAAUGUCACAUCGCCUCCGAUGAGGUCACGGAGUUCGGGCGUAGUGCAUGAAUCACCGUCUAUGCUGGGAGAUGCACCGGCGGUGUUAACUGAGCCAUCUAUCCCUGUCGCACCUAUGCACUAUCCAAAUAGAGUGCGUAGCGAGAGUGUCCGGAGCGAAAAUGAUAUUAUAAGGCAGGGCACUGUGAACAAUGAAGCGCUCGCGCAUCGUGUAACCGAUGAGGUGACGUCACGGCGCAGUGUUAUACCGGCGGCGGCGGUUGAUUUGAAUGAAGGUGGUUUGCAGAAUGAUAGUGAAGGUGAGUGGGUUCGUGUAGUGAGGCGUCGAGGAACACGUACAUCGCGUUUCAAAGUCCGACCUCAAGUGAAGUCAGCUCAGUACACGGCGGAUAAUAAGGUAAUCUGGGGUCACAGAGAUAGUGAUCAGAUAAAACUGUAUGCUGAAUUUUGUAAUAGCAGGCUAAGGCUACUUGACUUUCCGGCGGAAUUGAGGGAUUGUUCUGAUAAGAUGUGUGACAAACCGGAACACAACUUAGUCAUAGAGAAAUUGUAUGACGAUAUUACAUCUAUAUUGCUGGAUGCUGCGAGUUACAGCCAUAAAUGUUUAAAACGAAAUAAGAAAGGCUACAUCACAGGGUGGAAUAGACAUGUGAGACCGGCGCAUAUAAAGGCUCAUCUCUGCUUUCAAACCUGGGUUUGGGCAGGGCGGCUGACAUGUGGAGCUCUGUAUGAGGAUAUGCGAGACUCGCGCAGGGUUUUUAAGAGCAAGCUUAAGUGGUGCCAAGACAAUGCGGAACAAAUCAAGAUGGAUAUAUUAGCAAUGUCAUGUGAGGCGAAGAAAUUCGGAGAGUUCUGGCAGCAAACGAAAGGCCUGAAUGCUCGGGUGCCUCUUCCAGCAGAAGUGGGUGGCAUAACUGGAAGUGAAAACAUUGCCAAUAUGUUCAAGACUCAGUUUAAAGUGGAUCCUAGCAAGAUAGUUUGUAGUUUGGACGACGGUGAGGACAUCGUGAACUCGGGGAUUAGCCCCUUGCGUUUCACUUUCAAGGAAGCACCCGUCCCUACCAUAAGUGCAGGUGCGGAUGUUGCAGCUAAAAAUACGGAAAUUCCUGUGGCCGGCACAUCGUUUAAAAAAGCGAUUGGUGAUACACCGCUGAAAGACGCUGCUAAUAACCCGCUAACACCUAAAAAUCAGAGCCAUUGUUUAGAAACGCCUACAAAACAAAAAAAGAAAAUUUUAUCCUACUCCUGA